AUGAUAUUGACAAGAAUAUCAAUAGCAGGAAGAGGUGAUGACAUUAAAAAGAUCAUAAAUAUAGAUGGAGAAGAAAUCAAAAGACUCGAAAGAGAAGAAGAUGGAAAAGAGUUCCUUCGCAUUCAAGUUCACAAACCAAAAGAAAGCGAUAAAGAUGUAGAAAGAAGAUUAUAUGUCACUUAG